ACGACCGCCAGCAACCCGCAGACAUGGACUAAAAGCCUUGUGUUAAGUUUCCAUAACAUUUCCUAUAGGGUAAAAGUGAAGCAUGGCUCUCUACCUUGUCGGAAAACAAUUGAGAAAGAAAUACUAUCAAAUGUCAGGACUUAAUGUCAAAGCAAGCAAAACCCAGGAACCUGUAUAAUUCUUUGUUUUAGCACAUUCAUGUCCAGUUUCUGGAUGAAUCAUGUAACAUUGUUUGCUUGACUUUAUUUAUUUAAAUUUUUAUUUUGAAGAGAAUAAUACCGAAAGAAAUAAAACAGAAUAGAGACAAUCACAAGAUAAUGAAUGUGAUACAAGACUUCAAAACAAGGUGAAAGGAAACCAACAAUGGCUUCGUGAUGCCUCUUGCUAUCUUUAAAAUAACUUCCUAUACCAUUAGGCACAAUUUCAAACAAAACAGAGCAGAAAAAAAAUCCACUCAGCACCAAAACAAUGAAAGCAAUACAGGACUUCAAAACAAGACAAUAGGAAUACCACAGUGGCUACAAUAAUGCAUCUUCUUGUCUUCAAAGCAGCUUCUUAUACCAUCAAACAUAAUAAAAUCAAACAAAACAAAGUAGAAUAAAAUCAUUCAAAAGGAAACAAGUAGACCGGAAGGUGAGUGUCCAGCUGAGCGGAGGCGGCCCUGCUGCCGCCUUUCCUGCCAGGGGCCCAUACUACGACCUCUGGGGAUUGGAAGGUGCACAUCCAGCUGAGCGGAGGCCAGCCCUCCUGCCGCCUCUCCUGCCUGGGACCCAUGCUACCACCUCUGGGGACCUGAAGGUGCGCAUCCAGCUGAGCGGUGGUGACUCCGGUCUGGCCCUGAAACUGUGCAAAUUGAGGAAGCUUUAGGCCUACCUGAGAGGAGCCUGGCAAGCCUCUUUUAAUCCAGGGGCUCCGCUGCCCAAGGAGGGAGCUACUACAUGAGGAGUACCCAGAGCCCAGGACAUGAGUCAAUUUACAACACAACCAGGGGAAACUCUGAAACAAUACUUGAAACACAGUAAUAUAGGAAAAUGACAAAAUGAAAGACCAAAAUGCAAUCUCAAACACCCAGCCCAUCCCCCCACGAAAGCCUAGGAGCCAUGUACAUAGAAGAAAAUACAUGCCAUAUACCUGAAAUACCUGAAACAAUAGUAACAGAAAUAAAGAAGCGACUCCGGGAAGCUUUGAAGGAAUUUAAACUAGAAAUAAUAUAUCAGGUAAAAGAAGAAAUAAUAAAAGAAAUGAAGGAGAUGCUGAACAUAUCUAAAGAAGACACAGCUAAAAAAUUGGAGGAACUAAACAUAAGGAUAGAAUCUCUGGAUGAACAAUAUAAGAAACAAACAGAAUAUAUAAAACAGAUGCAAAGAGAUAUACAGGAAAUCAAAAGCAACAUUGAAAGUUGUAAAAACCACCUGAAUGAAUGCGAAGAUAGAAUUCCGGACCUCAAAGCUGAGAUUGUAGCCAGUGAACAGGAAAGGAAAGAUCUUUUAAAAACAAUAAGAAAUCAGGAGCUGCGCGGAUCCGGAGCGCCUGCAGAAGCCCCUUCCUUUGUCUGGAGGAGGAAGGAUCCUGGGUUCCUGAGGCACCUCGGCCUGUGCCCAGCCGCGCCUAGCCAUCGGUGUGCAGAGGAGGAGCUGCGCGGAUCUGGAGCGCCUGCAAAAGCCCCUUCCUUUGUCUGGAGGAGGAGGGAUCCAGGGUUCCUGAGGCACCUCGGCCUGUGCCCAGCCGCGCCUAGCCAUCGGUGUGCAGAGGAGGAGCUGCGCGGAUCCGGAGCGCCUGCAGAAGCCCCUUCCUUUGUCUGGAGGAGGAGGGAUCCCAGGUUCCUGAGGCACCUCGGCCUGUGCCCAGCCGCGCCUAGCCAUCGGUGUGCAGAGGAGGAGCUGCGCGGAUCCGGAGCGCCUGCAGAAGCCCCUUCCUUUGUCUGGAGGAGGAGGGAUCCCGGGUUCCUGAGGCACCUCGGCCUGUGCCCAGCCGCGCCUAGCCAUCGGUGUGCAGAGGAGGAGCUGCGCGGAUCUGGAGCGCCUGCAGAAGCCCCUUCCUUUGUCUGGAGGAGGAGGGAUCCCAGGUUCCUGAGGCACCUCGGCCUGUGCCCAGCCGCGCCUAGCCAUCGGUGUGCAGAGGAGGAGCUGCGCGGAUCCAGAGUGCCUGCAGAAGCCCCUUCCUUUGUCUGGAGGAGGAGGGAUCCCAGGUUCCUGAGGCACCUCGGCCUGUGCCCAGCCGCGCAUAGCCAUCUGCGUGUAGAGGAGGAGCUGGGUGGAUCCGGAGUGCCCGCAGGAGGCCCUUCCUUUGUCUGGAGGACUGUGGAUAUCUCUGCAAGCAGGGAGGGAUCACAGGUUCCUGAGGCACUGCGGUCUGUGUGGGAUUAUGAGACCUGGCUUGAAUGCCAUUAUGGGGCCUACAGGUGGAGGCAAAUCUAUGUUGUUAGAUGUGUUAGCUGGAAGAAAGGAUUCGCCUGGAUUAUCUGGAGAUGUUUUGAUAAAUGGAGAACUACCACCCGCUGAUUUCAAGUGUAAUUCAGGUUAUGUGGUACAAGAUGAUGUUGUGAUGGUCACGCUGACUGUGAGACAACAUUUAGAGUUCUCAGCAGCUCUUCGGCUUCCAACAACUAUGAAGAAUGAUCAAAAAAAUGCAAAGAUUAACGAUCUCAUUGCUGAGCUAGAUCUGGAUGGAGUGGCAGAUUCCAAGGUUUUGUCCAAAGGAGAGAGGAAAAGAACCAGUAUUGCAGUGGAGCUGAUCACUGACCCUCCCAUCUUGUUCCUGGAAGAGCCCACGACUGGAUUAGAUUCAAGCACAGCAUAUGCUGUUAUUUUGUGCCUGAAAAGGAUGGCCAUGCAGGGGCGAACAAUCAUCUUCUCCAUUCAUCAGCCACAGUAUUCCAUUUUCAAGCUGUUUGAUAGCCUCACCUUACUGACCUCAGGAAAACUAGUUUUCCAUGGCCCUGCACAUCUGGCUGUGGAUUACUUUACAUCGGCAGGUUACCACUGUGAGCCCUACAACAACCCUGCAGACUUCAUUCUAGAUGUGUUAAGUGGAAACUCCGCUAUUGUAGUAAACCAAGAGGGAGAAAGCUCUGAAGCCAGAGAGACUGAAGUGUUUUAUAAGAGAAACAAACCAGCUGUAGAAAACUUAGUCAACCUUUAUGCCAACUCAUCCUUCUACAAAGAAAUAAAGGAUGAAUUAGAUAAUUCCAACUUCCCAAGAGGUCAGAAGAAGAGGAUUUCAGCUUUCAAGAUCACUUCUACUACCUCCUUCUGGCAUCAGCUCAGAUGUAUUAUGAAACGUUCAUUCAGAAACUUGCAAGGUUUUCCUCAAGUCACUAUAAUUCAGCUAUUGAUAAUAUUGGCGAUAGCAGUGAUUACAAGCUGUGUUUUUCUUGGACGACAUGAUAAUUGUACUGCACUCCAGAAUCGAUCCUUAGUACUCCUCACACUGGUCAUCUUUCAGUGUUUUAGCAGUGUGUCAGCCGCGGAUAUCUUUGUGCUUGAGAAGAAGCUGUUCAUACACGAGUAUAUCAGCGGAUACUAUGGACUUCUUCCUUAUUUCUUUGGAAAACUAUUAUCUGACUUAAUCCCUAGAAGGCUUUUGCCGAGUAUUACAUUUACUUUGACUGUAUAUUUUAUGUUUGGAUUGAAAAAAGAGGUAGAGGCCUUUUGCAUCAUGAUGUUUACUGUCAUGCUGAUAACUUACACAGCCAGUUCCAUGGCACUGGCCAUAGCAAUAAGUCCAAGAAUAGACUCUCUGACAACAUUAAUCAUGAACCUCUAUUUUGCGUUUAUGCUGGUUUUUUUUAAUAUAUCGCUGUAUUCUGAAACCGUUGCAACCAUUGCACCUGUGUUUACACGAUUUCAGUACUUAAGUAUUCCUCAUUUGGGUUUUAUGGCUUUGCAGCAUAAUGAGUUUUGGGGUCAAAACUUCUGUCCUGAAUUUAAUACAGCGGAACACAGUGGUUGUUCCAGUUAUGUAAUAUGUGAUGGUGAAGAAUUUUUGGAAAUCCAAGGCAUUGAUCCCUCACUUUGGGGCUUUUGGAAGAAUCUUCUAGGUUUGACUAUAAUGAUGAUUAUCUUCCUCUUCAUUACCUUCUUAAGAUUGGUAUUACUUAUAAAACAUUAUAAUUUCCACUUACAAUUAUUAUGAGUUACUAUCUAUGAAAGAAGUUCUUCAACUUGCUUUCAAUCUAAUGAAGAUUUUGUGUUGUCUGUGGUUCAUUUGCCAUCACACUGGUGCUCACCAACUAUCAUUUCAAUAGAAGUGUUCACAGAUGUCACAAUGACUGAAUUGUAUGUGGGAGAACCCAAGCUAAAAACUAAUGAUGUUAUGUAUGGCAUACCAGUUCAUUUUGUCUGACAAUGAUCAGGAAGAAUAAAUGUAGUCUAAUUUAUUAACCUGAAAAAGGAGAAUGAAAUUCUAGACACACAUGACAAGUUACUAAUAUCACUAAUAUCAGUUUCCUUAUCUUUCAAAGAAGUAAGUGGGCUAGUAGUCCUCUAGCCUAUGAAUCUGUGAUCUGCUAUUGUUUAGUAAGUGACAAAUGCAUUAGUAUUGUAUGAGAAUGUUUAAAUUUAUACAAAAAUCUGUUAUUUCAUGGGUAAAACCAAAAGCAAGCUAUGAUGAUGGAAAAAUAUCUUUGGUAAACUUACUGAGAUUAAUAGAAUUUACUAAUACUACUGUUAUUUGGAAUUAUAAUAUCCCAGGAUUCUUAGGUGGGACUUAAUCCUUCAGAUGGAAUAGAGAGCCAAGCAUUUGAUAGUUUUAGCUCUUAUGCUCUUUGUGGAACUUCAUGAUUGCUGAAAAGUCAUGAAAAGUCAUUUCACCAUCCUGAAACAGUACAAUGGUUAUAAUCUGUGCAUCAUUAGUCCCUGAGGAACUUGACUGAGACUCUGCUGUCUGGGUUCUUCCUCAUCUGAGUACUUCCAUGAAGAACUGACCACUGCUGCACCUGGUGAUUCUUACAGUGCUUUCCAGUUCUGAAGAUGUUAGGCCUAUAAUUUAAUAAUUGCUAUAGUAGUUCCUGUUAAUGACCUCUCUACAGGUGCACCUCAUUUAUUUACCUAUAGUCUCUUUAUUCUAGCCUUUGUCAGUAACAGGGAGGUAUUUAACUAUAUUACAAAAGUGUUUUUAAAGUUUUUGGUGUGUGGAAGUUAAGUGUAGCAAAAAGCACAGUUCACCGAAUUACCAUAUAAUGACAACGUAUGUGCAACCACAAGUCCAGGUCAAGAAAUAGAGCUUGAACACAAACCCGUCAUGCCCCUGCCUCAGUCUCUGCUUCCUCUCAUUUCCAUGAGUUGUGUGUGAAGACUUGUAUUCCUCUCUGUUCUUCUUUUCAGAGCAUCAUUACAGCUCAGUUUUGCAUUCUUAUUUGCAUAGAUAGAGACUUAGAUCGCCAUUACAGCUUUUAAGAAAUUUGAAAUUUUUGAAUAAUUUUAAAUUUUGAAUAGGGAUAGGAGAUAUUAUGGAAAGUCCCUGUGUCUGCUUGUCUAGAUUUGUUUCAUGUUAACUUCUCAUCUGACAUAUAUGAAUCAAGAUGUAUUGGUCAAAGCUAAGAAAAUAUCAGUGUGCCAUUACUGCUAAUGAAAUUGUAUGCUGUGUUCAUAUCUUAGUACUUUUCAACUAAUAUUCUUUUGUUGUUUUGGGAACCAUCUUGGAAGGUACCAUUUUAUCUAGCUCCCCUUUUAAAAGUAGUAAUUCUGUGAGUGUUAAGAGUUGAGAGACUCCAAAUAUUUCUCUCUAGAUGCUGUCAUAUUGAAAUAUCAUGUCUGUGGUCAUUGGUGCUACAGUAUUGUAACAUGAGUCUGUUGAUAUAAUCUUAUACUUUAAUCUUUGAACUUUAAGGAACAUGUUUUCUUUUGAAGUCAUUCGAUUAGUGCAUUAUCUCAUAGUAGAUGUAUUCGCUGGUUAUUACAUGAAUCUCAAAUUUAUAUUUCCUAUUUUUUGUUUAAUUUCUGUAUUUUAUGUGAUCAUAUCUUAUAAUUCCCUGCAUACGUAUUCCUAAGUACACAGUGACAGAUUACACGUGUAAUUUAGCAAUAAAAUAUACCUACCAGAAGAAAUGAAAUGGCCAAGAUUUCCAAUACCUACUUUUUAAUUUAUUAAGAGUUUAAAUAUGUCUUUUUAUAUUUACCCACCUUUUGCAAGCUAAUUGCCUCUUAUAUACUUUUUCUCACAGUAAAAAGCACACCAAAAUUUAUCAUCUGAUUUUUAAUGAUGUUUCAGAUGCUUUUGAACAUCUUACAGUGUAUAAGUUUAUUUUCCAUAAGAUAGCAAAAUGUUAGUGUAUAGAAAUUUAUUUAAGAGGACUUCAGAGAACAUGGCAGACAGAUAGCAGCAGCUACAGAGGCUCUCUGAAAGACCCAGCUUAGAAUUCAGGAAUGGUGCGGAGUAAGGAAUCAUAAGCAGGAGGAGAUAUGCCCUGCUGACCCAAGAAUGAACUGGGCUGAGAGAAACCAACUGGGAAUGCAAUCCUGGUGCUAUAACAGGAACAGAAAAGCCUCAGUGUUUAAGCUGGAGCCCACACCAUUGGAAGCUGCAAUUUGGGUUUCCCACCACCGCUGCUUGCAUCUACAUCGGCUCAGCAGGGAGAGAGAGGUGCGAACACUCUGAGAAUGGGAAUUGGUGAACGCAGUUGAAAGCAGGACAGGCGGGGAGCUGUGCAUUGACCUAUGGUGAGUGAGAGAAACUGGGACUCUUCCACGGUCUAGGAGACUCCAACAGAGGACAUUCUAGGACUGGGUAGACUUGCGGGAACAGGGAGCUGCAGUGACUUCAGUCACGUAUCCCCCUCUCAAGAGGGAUUGGUGAGUAGUGCCUAGCCUAUGUGACGCUGCUGGCUGAGACCCAGUAGGCUAGCACAACCCAGGUCCCAGCGCCUGAAGGUAGAUUGACCUGGAGGGGCGGGCUCCGCAUAGGCUGCCUGGCCUGCAACUUCCUGGUGGUCUGCAGUGUGCGGGAACACCUAGCUGGCGCAAUUCAAUCAGACUGUGGCCGACAGGGAAGGAAGCUGGGCCUCCUAUAUACGCUUGCAUAUAUAAGGAACAAAGAAUAUGGGAAAAGGCAGCAACAAGAAAGGCUCCUUGGCCCCCAGUCUUGAGAAAGAGGCAAUAGCAGACACAGCACCAAUAGAUAUAAAGCGCUAUCUCCAGAGCCUCAUAGACAAGUUCAGGAAUGAAGUUAUUAAUGACCUGAAGCUAGACAUAAGCAGAAUAGUUAGAGAAAUGCUAAGCACCACCCAAGAAAAAACAGAUGGUGGAAUGGAAGAACAGAAAAAGAGGGUUGAAUUGUUUGAUGGAGAAAAUAGACAAAGCAUAGAAUAUAUGAAGCAGGUUCAAAGAGAUUACCAGGAAACUACAAACUCUAUCGAAAACUGGCAUAACAGCUUGAAGGAAACUAAGGACAGACUAUCUGAACUGGAGGGCAGAUUUGUAAUAUGGGAGAAUGAAAUGAAAAACUUCUUAAAAAUAACAAAGAAACAAACAGCAAUAAUACAAAGAUAAGAAGAUGAUAAGAGGAUCCAUAACUUAAGAAUUAAGAACAUAAAAGAAGAAGUAAUGACACAAACAAAUGAACUACAAAAGCUACUCACAGAAAUAAUCCAGGAGAAUUUUCCUAAUUUAGCAAAAGGUAAAGAUACUAAGUUUUAUGAAGCAUACAGGACCCCAGCCACCUACAACCCAAACAGAGCAACACCCAGGCAUAUAAUAAUUAAAAUUCCAGAUAUCCAAUACAAGAACAGAAUAUUAAAAGCCAUCAGAGACAAGAAACAGAUCACUUACAGGGAACACCCAUCAGAAUUACAGCAGCCUUCUUGGCACAAACCAUCAAAUCACGAAGAGCAUGGGGGGAAAUAAUUCAAGCUUUGAAAGAUAAUAAUCUCCAGCCAAGAUUGAUAUAUCCUGCACAACUAUCCCUGGAAAUUGAUGGAAAAACAAGGUGCUUCCAGGAUAAAGAGGAACUAGGGGAAUAUGCAACCACCAAUUCAACUCUACAGAGAAUACUGCAGGAUAUUCUAAAAAAGGAAAAUAUGAAGAAUCCUGAAAUAGUGGCAGAGAGGCCACAAUGAAUGGAGCAGAAAACAAAAUGAAGAAGACAAACUGACAACUAAUGACAGAAAAAGAGCUCAACAGAAAUGAGGCAGAGAAGAUUGGAUAAUAGGAACAGCUAUUUUGGAGAAAAUGACGUCUUAAUAGGUAAUACUGAUUUAGUAUCAUCUUGUUUUGAAGUCUCAUCAAGCUUUUGUUCUUCUGUCUCCAUUGGUCUAAACAGGUUGUAUCUUAUUGAAUUUUAUUAUAUAUGAUAGUAUAAGCAAAAACUUUUAUAGACAAGGAGAUUAUACAGAAACCAUUGUUCAUUUUCUGUUAGUUGAUUCUAAAUACCCUGUAAUACUGUCAUUCUCUUAAAUGGUUUUACAUUGUUUUGAUAUAUUUGAUGCUACAGUAUACGAAGUUGUACUCAAAGAUUUCAAGGAAAGAGACAAUAUGGUAACUACUUUUAUGUUGGGAUUAUCUUGUGGUGAAACACUAUUUUGCUUAAAUGGUUAUGUUUUGAUCUGCAAUGUUUUGCCUGUUAUGCCCACUUUUAUCUCAAUCUCCAUUUUAUUAUUUACUUUUUUAUUUUUAUCCUUUUAAUUAAGGGAAAAAUAAAUAAAAAAUAGCAGGAUUUAUUAUAGUAACCCACUUUCACUUUCCAUUGUCUUGAUUUAAAGCCCUGUAUUGCUCUCACCAUCUUGUUUUGACUGAUGUUCCUCUAUUCUGUUUUGUUUGAUAGUACCAGGUUCGUAAAUUUAGGCAAUAGCUGUGAAGAUAAUGAGAUUCAUUAUGACGCCCAUUCUGGUUGACUAUUAUCUACUUUUGAAGACCUAUAAUGUCUCCAAUGUUUUGGUUUUGUUGGUUUUGUUCUUUACUUUUUUGUUCAAUUUUAAUAUAACUGAUGAUAUAGGCAAUUCUAUUAGAGAUAGCAGGAGGCAUUAUGGUAACCAUUGUUGAUCACCUUGUAUUAUGCUUUUACAUUAACUAUUAUGUACACCCUUUUGAUUUGACUGACUCUGUUCUGUUAUGUCACAUUUGGUUCUACUCUCUUCCAAAAAAGUAAUAAGAACUGUGGGAGCAACAAAACCCAAGAUUUGUAAUUGUCAUUGUACAAAAGAGAGGAAAAGAAAGUGCUCUAAAUGAUAUAACUGCAUGUAUAUUUAAGUGUAUAAGAUAUAUAAUGAUAUUACUGAGUUUUGUUGGAUCAUUGAACAGAACUGUUUGCAGUCUCACUGUUGGAAUGUCCACUUUAUAAACGUUAAUUCUGUAACUUGAACAAUUAUUUCUAAGAUGACAACAUGUAAUCCAUUAACUAGUGAUUUCCUACUGUUUAUUUUUUUCUGUAAAUCUAUAUAACUUGUACCUUUCUCUGCUUUUUUUUCUUUUCUCCUUAAAUAAAAUUUAAAAAAAAACUCAAAGAAA